CAUGACUGAACUCUUAUAAAACCAGGAAAAACAGCUCCUCUGCCUUGAAACGAUGGAGCACAAUACAACUGAAACACCUCAAAAAACAUUUACCUGUCAGUUGUGUGGUUUAACUUCUCCUUUUACUUACUACGGCCAGAAACCACCAAACACCAGAGCCAUUGUGUUGCUAGAGGAGUGUUUUAUGACCAAGGACCCCUUCUGUCCUGAAAAGGAAAAGUUUCUUGUUCUGGGCUCAAACUGCAGCCUAUGCAGCAUGUGUGUCUGCGUUGGAUUGGACUGCAGUCUCUUCUACACCAAGAGGUUCUGCAUGCAGUGUGUGAACAAGCACUUGGACCAGUUUCCCCAUCAGAUUCAGGCUGAGCUGGCCAAGAAGAGGCAGAGCUCCCAGGCGGCUGUCUCAUGACACCACGCAAGAGGUCCAGAACCUGCUCACCAAUCUAAGACAGUCUGAAUGACUUAUGGUUCAUAAAGCACUGAAUGUGUUUAAGUGCUUUUCCAGCACUUCAGAUCAAACCCAGACUGGGCUGAACUGUCAAAACACCAUACAGAAAAACAAAACUUCCUGGACUUUAUUAGCAUAACUCUGGGUUUUUAUUAUUUUGGCAGAAAAUGACCAUCAUGAGGCUGCUGUAUUAGCCUACUGGGUGUUAUUUGUUUAUUGGAGAGAGUUUUUUCAGAAGUGAGCAGCAGGUGUGACUAUUGUUGCUGGACCCCUGUCAGGUUUUGGUUGCAGGCUCAGAAUAAUCCCUCCCUGGUGUCCAGCAAUUAAAAAUGGCCUCCAAUUUAAAAUCUGAUGUCAUGUACUGUUUGUGGAUAAUGGCCCUGUAGUUGCAAUCCUGUGUUUAAAUAAAAUAAGGCCUGUUUAGAAGCAUGGCGACAUUUCAUUUUCAACAGA